AGGAUGCGCACACUGGAUACGCACCGUCACUAGAGGAGCACAUAUGGAAAAAAACAGGAUAUAUAUUUUUUUAAUUGUUAACUACUUUAUUCGACUUAAUCCGUUGUGGUUUCACUUGCCAUGAUGUGGAGGGUGAGUCGUUCCACCCUGGUGCUUGUGACUUUUAUAAAAGUCUCUCCGUUCCGCCGCACAAUAUUUGUCUUUACUGUGAUUGUCGUUCAUCCGUUUGCGUUUGGCCAAGUUUGAGCUGCGGUGGCCAUUUCCAGGACAGAUGUUGACCACUGCUGCAGCAUCAUUGCGACCUCGGCUCUGACUCACCAUGACAUGCUGCCCGGGCACUCGUCCCCUGAUCAACUGUUUCGUUUUUUUCUAAAGCGCAAACAGAGACGCGUCGUUGGUGAUGGGAACUCUUUGGGACUCUUUGGCAAAUGAAGGACGCUCCUGUUUUAUUUCUUUCACAGCCCGCUGCUCAUGUUGUCUCUUAGUGACCGAAAGGACACAGGACAUAACUUUUCAUCAAGUUAUUUUUUUUAAUAUAUACAUAUUUGGAUAACAGAUAUUUCAUUUUUCUACUGCAUCUCGUUCGAUUGGAAUAAACCAACCCGCGUUCAUUUCGGACGCUGACUGAGGAAUCUCAGAAGGUCCCUGCACGAGUUAUUUCAGCUUCAUUGCAAACAAGGUUUCCUAAAGGUGAAACGCAGAUUUUACGCACGGCGGCCAACAUUUCCCGCCCCCUUCCUCAGCCGACGAUGGACGAAAAGCGCUGCGCAAAGUGCCGUGAGAGAACUUAGAUCUAGGGUGCGUUUAGCCGCCUGGGCCAAGCACGGCCCCGUGAACGUACCCGCGCGACGACAGCAUGCCCUCUUGGCCCAACCUGUCGGAGUGCCUCCCCCUUAAUUGCAGCUGGGAGGAGACCCACAACGCCACGAGGAUCAAUGACUUUGGCGUGCCUCCUCUGAACUACUACUCAAUUCCUCUCCUCACGGUCAUCACUGUCGCCUGCGCUAUGCUGUUUCCAGUCGGGGUGACCGGGAAUGUCAUGACCAUUUUGGUGGUUAGUAAGUACCGGGACAUGCGCACUACUACCAACCUGUACCUGUGUAGCAUGGCCGUGUCAGACCUGCUCAUCUUCCUCUGCAUGCCACUGGACCUCUACCGGCUGUGGAGGUACAGGCCCUGGCGUCUAGGGGCCGUGCUCUGUAAGCUCUUUCUGUUCGUGUCAGAGUCAUCCACCUACUCCACCAUCCUGAGCAUCACCGCACUGUCAGUGGAGCGCUACCUGGCGAUCUGUUUCCCCCUGCGGGCCAAGGCCCUGGUCACCAAAAGACGCGUGCGUGCUCUCAUUCUCAUACUGUGGACGGUGGCGUUAUUCAGCGCCGGGCCCGUGUUUAUCAUGGUGGGAGUGGAGCGUGACAGCGUGUGGUCAAACUUGGGCUCAGGAAUGAAUUAUACUGAUUUCUCCCUGGAAAACACCCGGGAGUGUAAGAUUACGCACUACGCAGUGGUGUCGGGCCUGGUGGAGGCCAUGGUGUGGUUGAACUCCGUUUUCUUCUUCAUCCCGGUGUUCUGCCUCACAGUGGUUUACAGCCUCAUAGGCCGUCGGCUGUGGCAGAGAAACAGAGAGACGAGCAUCAGCUCCCGCGUGUCUCACCGGGACAAAAGCAACAGGCAGACCAUCAAGAUGCUCGUGGUGGUGGUGGUGGCCUUCGUGCUGUGCUGGUUGCCGUUCCACGUGGGUCGCUACGUGCAAUUUCGAUCUCUGGACAAUCCGUCCCCGCUGCUGUCUGUGUUGUCCGAAUACUGCCAGUUGGUGUCCGUGGUCCUCUUCUACCUUAGUGCCGCCAUCAACCCCAUCCUCUAUAACACCAUGUCCUGGAAAUACCGGGGCGCGGCGGCGCGCCUCUUCGGGAUGGCCGACAAUCAGCCGCCACGAGGCCGCACGGCCAGCAGCAUGAAGGGAGACGGCUCCAACGGCUGGACGGAAUCCACAGUCAGCUUCUAAAUGUAGGACUGUCAAGGGAAGUGGAUGUUAUGUUAAAAGCGAACUGUCAUGAGUUGAUAACACUGAGCUAAGAUCCGUUACUUAUUUCGGCCAGGGCGAGUUAUGUGUGAGCGAGCCUUGGCCACAAAAAAGGAGAGAAGAAAAGCGUGAGCAACAACAACAACAACAACAAAAACAACAAUAAUCCACCACCCACUCUGUCUACAUGCGUCGAUAGAACUUUUUUUCUUGUUGGAUUAUUUCAGCAACUGCCCGCUUUUUCAUUCAACAGCACCGUCUGCAGCAUUUCAAAUGUACGACCUGAGGGCGGCGCAUGCGCGAAUACACCCAUAUAGAUAUAAAAGACAUUUAACUGCCUUAUAAUGUAUUCAUACUCUGGAUGACAAAGAAACCACUGUAGAGCUUGUGGCACUCCUCUGUACUCCUUCAGAGAGGGACAGCAGUGCAGUGUGUGCGUGUGUCUGUUUGUGUGUGCGUGUGUUUCUGAAAGAGAAAAAGAACUAAGUAACAUUUGCACGUGUGUUAGUGAUUACCUGUAAAUGAUUAAAGAGGGUGUGAAGAUUUCCCCUUUAUUCAUUUGAACCUUCUGAAGGCUCUGUGUCUUGUAAAUGAAGUCCAAGCUGUGAUGAUGCUGCCAAGAAGAGCACGAGCGUUGCGGUAGAGUUCCUGUAGCUUUGUGCUGCACAGAAUGGGGGUUACGUUUGGAUUUUGGCUCAUGGGAGCCACAGAGAAAGAUGAUUCUGAGAUAAUUUACAGAAUUCAUGAUUCUGUCUGUUGUUUUACAAUUAUACUUAAUUCUUGGUAAAUGAUCAAAAUCCCUCAAGCCGCAGGUUGUUGCUACUAACAAGGGGAGGGUUUUUAUAAGGUAUCUUUAGAUGAAGUGUCAGUUUGUGCAUUAGAUGAAGAAAAGUUAUUGGUGACACUGUAAAAAAUAAUCAUAGUUUGAGUGGACAUAAAUGCCUCAAUGUUAUGAAUCUUUUGAGCUGUGCACCAUUCAAAUAUUGUUCAUUUCAGCCAUCUCAGGUGUGCUGUUGUCUGCUAGCUUUGUGCAUCACAAGGCCUUUUCUGUUCAUUGCAGUCAGGAUCCAAUCAUAAAACACGCGUAGCACGUUUGGCUGAUUUGGCAAGCUUUCCUAUGCUUCUUGAAGCCAUGUUCAACUCCGGUAUGUGAUGGAAACUGUUGGGGAGGUGAAGCUAUUUCUUAAUUUCUCACCAAUCAAACCUUCAUAAAAGUACAACAGUCAACCUGAAGUAUUAGCUGUCCUGUGGAUUCUUCUGUUGCAUGAACAUGUUCGGUGUGAUUAAAUCAAAAAGGCUCGAUGUAAUUUGUGUCUCACUUGUCUUGUUUAUUGAUUUGCCAAAAGCUAGACUUUGAAUUGUUUCAAAUAAAAGAUUGCAUUGAUGCCCAGUAGAAAUAUUUUUCAUGGGUAACUUUAUUGUGCAUGAUGAUGUUUAAACCAAAAUAGAACCACUCAAAUAUGCCAAAGUUGCCAACCUAUACAAUGCUAUUCUACAAGAAUAUUUUUUUUAAAUAUUGUUUUCUUGUAAUGUGUUUAUGAUGGGAAAAUAUAUAUAUAUAUAAAAUAUAAUAAUAUAUAAUAUAUAUAUAUAUAUAUAUAUAUAAAAUAUAAUUUUGUAAAGUCUAACAAUCACCUUUACGGAGGACGAGGAUGAGUGAACUAUCUACAAGGGAUUUUUUGUGUGCUUGCUAUAACUUGUAAAUAGACGCCUUGUAUUAUUAUAGAGUCAAUGUUUUACACUCAGAUGGUUUUAGCAGUUCAAAUCACCGCAGCAGCCUCCACUAAUCUGCACUGGAUUUCACAAUAUGGCCUCCGGGCGCUAAAGAAUGUAUCUCUGUUUAAAAGAAAUGUUUCUGACUGUACAUACUGAUAUUAUGACAUACUAUUUAUCAAUCUAAAGUUGAAUUAAAACAGUAAAAGUUCAUUCAUAUUUUCUUUUCUUUUUUGAAGAUGUCUGUAACAUCUACUGGGUAAUGUACAUGUCAAUGAUGAAGUGUUGUAAAAGUAAACAGAAAAACUCAC